AUGCAGCAACUACUGGACUCUUCACACUACUACAGCCGCCGCCGCAACCAACAAAACUACCACAGCUGCCGGUCGCCAGUCGCUCCUCACAGCACCGUGACUCCCACGGCGCCGCCAGACAGUAACUCCAGAGGCCGUGCAGUGGAUAUAUAUGGUCGCGUUACUGCAUCUAGCUCUAGUACCGUUGCCAUGGACCCUUCCCACAUUGAGGCUAUCACCCGACAGUUGGCACAAUUACAAAAUCAAUUAACGACUGUCCAAACUGAGUUAGCCGCUACGCGUGAGGAUAAUAGAGCCCUAACCGCUAGGGUAAACACUCUUGACCUAACCCAAUACUCAACUGAGACUGAAAAUUCUGACGCUUCCAUUAAUAGACCUCAUCGUCGUCCACAAGGUGGUCGACACCAUGCUAGACAUGAUCGUAGGGAAGGAAAUCAAGCUCGUGGACGCGAGCGGGAAUAUCAUCGUCAUGGUACACUAUCCCCCCCUCGCCACAAGGAGCGCCUCUUUCGAAAUAUUAAGUUAGAUGCCCCGACAUUUGAUAAUUGUCUAGAUCCUAGCGUAUUCAAUCAAUGGGUUAGGGAUAUGGAUCGCUUCUUUGCCUGCGUUGAGGACCUCCUAGAGAGGCGUCAUGCUUCCCCUAUUGGGAAUUGGGAUGAAAUGAAGCGUCGCUUUGAAGAAAAAUAUUUACCUCAAUCUUACAGGGGCAACUUGCUGGAUCAAUGGAACGCACUUACACAAAGCAAUCGACCUGUGACCGAAUAUGUUGCCCAGUUUGACGAGUUUCGAAUGAGAUGUCAGGUCGUUGAGGACGAAGUCAUGACUUUAAGUAGGUUUAGGCACGGCCUACGGGAUGAUCUUAGACGUGAGCUUGUUCUUCGAAGUGUCACCACUCUUGACCACGCCUACUCUUUCGUUCGGGAUUAUGAGUUAGUGACUAGGACACCGUACAGAAGUCAUAGUGACUCCCGCACUGCAACCUCUUCUGCAUCCACUCCAUCCCCUAAGUCUAUUCUAGGACCUCCUCCUUCUAAUACUACCCCUACAUCGGAUAGUAUAGGUAGAGGUUCUGAGGGUUUUGGUCACAUUGCUUCUAAGUGUCCUAGCCGAGCCCUAGUUUUGGAAGAGCGUGAAGGUAUAGUUGACGAGCCACUAGAGGAUCAGGUGUAUGAGCCUAAGUUAAAAGAGUUUGAUGACUUUGAGGAUAGUGAAGAUACCUUCUUGGGUUGUAUCCAGGCUAGUCCCCUUAUCCCACAUACACCUAGAGUCGGUGUCGUCCGUUGUACUCUUACCCAGCCGAGGGAUGCCAAUGAUUGGCGCCGUCAUGCCAUCUUUCACACUUACAUCAAGAUUAAUAAUAAGGGCUGUAAAGUCAUCGUGGAUAGUGGCAGCUGCAUUAAUGCGGUUUCGAUGGCUACUGUAUCCCAUCUAGGGUUGAAGUCUGUUCCUCACCCUCAACCAUACAGCGUCUCUUGGGUUGAUACCUCAUCCAUAGCUGUCAAGGAGCGUUGUUUAGUCCCUAUCCAGUUUCUCGAGUAUAAGGACCAUAUAUGGUGUGACAUCAUUUCAAUGGACGUCGGGCACAUCAUCUUGGGACGACCUUGGUUAUUUGACCUAGAUGUAACCAUCUAUGGUCAAUCCAAUUCCUGCUCCUUCGUGUUUAAUGGAAAGAAGAUUCACCUUAACCCACUGCCUCCGAAGCCUGUUGGCCCACUGGAAACGAAGAAAAGUGUGGAACGAAAUGGAUUGCAUAUCAUUAGUCCUACGGAGUUUGAGCGUACACUUGUUGGUGACUCAGUUGUCUUCGCUUUGGUGGUCAUGGAGGUCCCAUCACACUCCGCAAUAGAGAGCCCUGUUGAAGUCCUAUCGGUCAUCCAAGAGUUUCGAGACGUCUUUCCAGAGGACCUCCCUGAUCAACUACCUCCACUAAGGGAUAUUCAACAUGCCAUAGACUUCGUUCCGGGGGCAUCCCUCCCAAAUUUGCCUCAUUAUAGGAUGAAUCCUACCGAGCACGCUGAACUUCAAAGGCAAGUGGAUGAUCUCUUUCACAAGGGAUUCAUUCGUGAGAGUUUAAGCCGGUGUGCAGUCCCCGCCCUAUUGACGCCCAAAAAGGAUGGCUCUUGGCGAAUGUGUGUGGAUAGUCGCGCGAUCAAUAGGAUCACGGUGAAGUAUAGUUUUCCAAUUCCUAGACUUGACGAUAUGUUAGAUAUGAUGGUUGGUGCCACAAUCUUUUCAAAGAUUGAUCUGAAGAGUGGAUACCAUCAAAUUCGAAUUCGCCCAGGUGAUGAGUGGAAGACCGCGUUUAAGACGAAAGAUGGUCUUUAUGAAUGGCUGGUCAUGCCUUUUGGGCAUAGCAAUGCGCCAAGUAUCUUUAUGCGAGUAAUGACACAAACUCUCCGACCUUUCAUGGGUAAGUUUCUUGUUGUCUACUUUGAUGAUAUCCUCAUCUAUAGUAAGACUAAGGAGCAACACCUUGACCACCUCACGCAAGUUUGCUCUACCCUUCGUGCAACUAAUCUAUAUGCGAAUGUCAAGAAGUACUCCUUCUUCACUGAUACAGUCGUUUUUCUGGGGUUCAUUGUCUCUUCGACAGGGGUAUCCGCUGACCCUGCUAAGGUUCAGGCGAUUAUUGACUGGCCUAAGCCCAAAGUUAUUCAUGACGUCAGGAGCUUUCACGGCUUAGCUACGUUCUACCGUCGCUUUAUUAAGGGAUUUAGCACUAUUAUGGCGCCUAUUACGGAGUGCAUGAAGAAAGGGGAGUUUCAUUGGACACGAGAGGCGGCUAAGGCCUUUAAGUUAGUCAAGAAGUGA